AUGAAUUUUCUCAAAGAUUUUUUUGAAUUCGCCGCUCCUAAAGAUGGAAAGGUAUCUGGUAAAUGUAAAAAUUGUAGUAAAAGUUAUACGGAUCAAGUUGGUUCAACUGGCAAUUUUCAUAAACAUCUCAAACGUGUACACAAUGAUCUAUAUGAUAAAGCAAAAUCUUCAAAUUCCACUACACCUAUUAAAGAUACAAACGAUAUUUUGGAAAAUUCGACAAAUAACAACGACAAAAUCAACCAAGCUAUUCUUGAAGAACUAAUUGUGAAAUGCAAUUUACCACUGUCAAUAGCUGAAUCCCGUGGUUUUAGAAAUUUUCUAAAAAUACUUGCUCCAAAAUGGAAACCUGCGUCGUCUCGUUAUUACACCAAAACAUUAUUACCAUCGUUGAUGAAAAAUACACAAGAUAAAAUAAAAAAUAUACUUAGUAACGUGAAAUAUUUAACGAUUACAAUCGAUGCGUGGACAGACAAACGAGGAAGAUCCUACAUCGGUAUUACGGGUCAUUUUCUUGACUCACAUAGCGUUCCACAAGCUCUUCUUUUGGAUUUCAUACGCUUUAAAGGUGCACAUACUGGAGAAAAUAUUCAUAAUGUUACAGAACAAAUACUGGAUAAAUUAGAGAUCAAGGAAAAAGUAUUUCGUAUUGUGACAGACAACGCAGCUAACAUGAUAAAAGCAUACAAAUUUGGCCUGAAUGUGGUGGAAAAUGAUGAACAUGUUUCUCAAGAUAAUAAUAAUCAACAAGAAGGUGAUAUUUCAUUGGAUUUUAUCAUUGAUGAUGAUCUUAAAGUGUCGAAUGAAUGGACUUUAAUUGAUUGGUGUAAUAGUAGCAAAGAUUCCAUUGAUAAAGAUGAUGAUACCGCAAUACGUAUGUCAUGUUUUGCACAUACUCUUCAAUUGUCUAUUCGAGAUGGAUUAAAAGAUGCCCCUUACUUAUCAAAAUCAUUAUCAAAAUGUAUCAAGUUAGCUCGACGAUCACACAAGUCAACUAAAGUAGCAGAAAUUCUCGAGGAUGUUGGAAAGACAAUAACUCGCUCAAAUAUAACAAGAUGGAAUUCUGAAUACUUACUUAUCAAGUCGCUUAUUGCAUUAGGAAAAGCAACGGUUGAUGACAUUACGAAUCUCAUUGAUGAUAGUGAUUUAAAAUUUAAUAAUAAUGAUUUUAUUGUAUUACAAGAAGCAAUUGACAUAUUAGAACCGUUUGCUGAUAUAACUUGUCGUAUUCAAUCCGAAUCGAUUGUCACUGCUAGUCUUGUGGUACCAUCCAUUGUUCAUAUUAUCGAUCAUUUAAAGAAUAUAAAACCAAAUAUUCAAUGUCUGAAAAAAAUGUGUACACAACUUGAAAAUUCUAUCAACAUAAGGUUUGCUGGUAUUACAAAACGA